AUGAGGCGAGUCAAAGUUGAGAAAGCUGACGUAGUUAUCGGAUUCAACAAAGGAGAACAUGGGGACGGGCGGCCAUUCGAUGGGAAUGGUGGGAUUUUAGCUCAUUCUUUUUCUCCCACAAUCGGUGCGUUGCAUUUAGAUGCGGAUGAUAAUUUUAAUCAUAGACCCAAGAUAGGUAAUAAUGAAUCGGACUUUGUGUGGGUCGCAAUGCACGAGAUAGGGCACAUUCUUGGACUAACCCAUAGUUCAGAAGAAAAAGCCAUUAUGUUUGCUUAUGUGGAGGAUGGAUUAACCAGGAGAGCUUUGCACCAAGAUGAUAUAAUGGGCAUACAUGCUUUAUAUCCUCGUGAAUAG